GUCAGUGACCCAGCGCGUAAUACAUAAUUAAUUUCUUAUUUAUUAUUUCAGGUUUAAAAAUAUCGACUUUUGGUAUUGAUUUGAUUCCAAAACAAUAAUGUCCGCAUCUACCGUCUCGAUCACCGCCAACCCAGCGUCGGCGACUCCUCGCCGGCGUUCCCUCGUCACCGAGAAGAUAUCGAACGUCGAAGCAGUGGUCGUUGAUCCGAACGCUAAUGGAAUUAACCGUAUGGAAGACAAAACCGCUGCCGGUGCCGCCGCUGCCACUGCCGGUCUCAGUAGAGAUCUGAGCCACCAUUCGGGUCGUACCGAGCCGUCAAAGGACUCAAUGCAAGCGAGAAAGGUCACCGUGGGUCAAAACUCUAACGGCCUGCCCCGGCGGUCGCGGAAAGUAGCGGUUAACAAGACUGAGAAACCGCGGUGGUUGACCGCGGUUAGUAUUUUUGGUAAGAACUUAGCGUUUUUGCUUGUUUUGGUUGGCUUAGCGCAGAUUAUUAGGAGAUUGACAUUGAAAUCAGAGGAUGUUAGUGUCGUUGGGACAGAAAUGGGAUUGACAGAAUUCGAGGGUAGGGUUGCUGAGGUUGAGAGUUUCUUGAAAACAACGGCUAAUAUGAUUCAAGUUCAGGUAGAUGUUUUUGAUAAGAAAAUCGAAAACGAAAUUGGUGGUUUAAAGAGGGAAAUGAAUGAGAGAAUUGAGGGCCAAACUGCGUUAUUGGAGAAAUUGAAAAAAUUGGAGGAAAAGAGUGAGGAAUUAGGUAAAUCCUUGAGUGAAUUGAAGAGUGCGGAUUUGUUGACAAAGGAAGAGUUUGAAAAGAUGUAUGAACAAAUGUUAAAGGAGAAGGGUGAAAAUGGUAAGUCUGAGAAUCCAGUGAGUUUAAGUGAUCUAGGAGCCUACGCUAGAGAAAUUGUUAAGAACGAGAUUGAGAAGCAUGCCUCGGAUGGGCUCGGCAGGGUUGAUUAUGCUUUGUCUUCAGGUGGGGGAAAGGUUGUUCGGCAUUCAGAGCCAUUUCUUGGUGGGAAGGGAAUCAACUGGUUUUUGAAAAGUAGUCAAAAUGGGGUUCACAGGGAUGCAGACAAGAUAUUGAAGCCAAGUUUUGGAGAGCCUGGGCAGUGCUUUCCAUUGAAAGGAAGCAGUGGGUUUGUUCAGAUUAAGCUCCGCACGGCUAUUAUCCCAGAGGCUGUUACUUUGGAGCAUGUUGCCAAGAGUGUGGCAUACGACAGAUCAAGUGCACCCAAGGAUUGCCGAGUCUAUGGCUGGCAGCUGCAAGGCGGUGAUCCUGGUUUUGCAGUUGAUUCCAAAAAGAUGUUCCUUUUGGCAGAAUUCACGUAUGACCUUGAAAAGAGCAAUGCUCAGACCUUUGAUGUAUUGGAUACAGCAGGAAUCGGUAUUGUUGACACAGUCAGGCUGGACUUUUCUUCCAACCAUGGAAGUGCUUCACAUACCUGCAUUUAUCGUUUGAGGGUGCACGGUCAUGAGCCCGAUUCCGUUUCAAUGGUGAAAACAGAGUCGUGAUCCGUAUCAUAUUUGUGAUGCUCACUCUUCUUGGUAAUCGCUGAUUCUGUCUACUAACCUGUAAGAAUUUCUUGUGCGUAGCAAAUGAGUGUGAAUCUAUUUUUGUGUUUCCACUUUUCGGUUAGGUCCUACAUGACUUGGAACAAUGAUUCGAUUUGUCCGAACCAGAAAUAGAUGAACUUUAGUUUCCCUGUAGGCAAAGUUUUAUAGAAUUUUGUUUCAUAGGCGAUAGUCGGAAAACUCGGAAUGGUAUGUUGUAGACUUAACAGUGUGCAUUCAUGUCUUUUUUCCAUAUGUCA